ACAGAGGCAGGUCUCGCGAGAAGCUGACGUAGUUGAGCCAGAAGUUCACUCCUGCGGAGCUGCAGCAUCUGCUGCACCUGGCGAGUCUGCUCUGCUCUGAGCAAUCCCUGCGACCUGUCCAGCCACAGCCUGACCCAGGGACGAAAUUGGUGCUCCCCUCCCCUCCGAUCCCACCACUCCAUCCCAAGUUUCAACCAGCCCUGCCAACGCCUUUCCGGUUGCACCCUACCACUGGUAGUAUCUCCAGCGUUGGAGUCCGCUUGGGAGUGGUGGAAGCCUCUGCUCUGCCAGAGAGUGCUCCCUCCAUCACCUGUGCUCUGCAGCGAGAGUCUCAGCUCGUUUCAUCCCCCAAAGAAGGCUCACAUCCGAAGCAGAAACAGUACUAGCACUAGUACUAGUAGGUCAGAGUCAGUGCAGGGUAUUUCGGACUAGAGUAGGUCUGACGCACUCCAUGAUGUGUGAAGCAGGCAGGGAGCAGGAGGGGAGGGGUGAGGGGGGGGAAGAUGACAGAAUCAGCAGGAAGGAGCAACAGGAGGAGGAGGAGGAGGAGGAGGAGGAGGAGGAGGAGGAGGAGGAGGAGGAGGAGGAGGAGGAGGAGGAGGAGGAGGAGGAGGAGGAGGAAGAGGAGGAGCGGGAGGAGGAAGAGGAGCAAGAGGAGGAGCAAGAGGAGGAACAAGAGGAGGAGGAGGAGGAGGAUGAGGAGGAGGAGGUGGAGGAAGAGGAAUUGGAGGAAGGGGGCGAGGAGGAGGAGGAGGACGAGGAUAAUGAGGAGGAGGAGGGGGAUGAAGAGGAGGAGAAUGAUAGACCAAAUGAGGACGGAGCAGGAGAAAGGGGGGGGCAGCUACAGAAGCAGAAGCGACGGGCAGAUUUGAAACCGUGCUUGCAGCCCCGUGCUAAGAAAAGUAGGCGCCAUGACCGUCAGGGUAACAGUCCCAGCCCCCCCCACGCCAGGAGAAUUUCCAGGAGAUCCCAACAGAAUCGCAGGAGGCACGUGGGGGAAGUGCUGGGGGAGGUGACACCUCGCAGGCGGCAGAAGCUGAAGGAGCUGCUUCUGAAGAUACAGGCGGCGCUGGACGAGACGGGGACGCCAGGGAGAGCACAGGGGGAAAGGGUGAAAUCCUUCGGACUACUCUCAGACCUCAGAGCACACGAGAAGCAGUGCGGUGUGAAGCGGUGGCACUGCUCGUGCGGCAACUCGUUCAGCAGAAAGGACAAACUCGCCAACCAUCUCAACACGUUCACAGAUCACUCCGCUCUCUUCAACCUGCAGCCAGUUGAUAUUCCCAUUCAGCCGAAGCAGAAACCGCAACAGAAGAAGCAGGUUGAGGCGGUGAGUCAGAAGCAACAGCUUGAGGCAUCUCACGGUGCCAACCACCUUGACACGUUCGCGGACAAAUCCAGCCGGCCAGUGGCGGUACCACGUCAACCCAUCGCCGCCCCUCUUCCAAGAGGCUCAUCAUCCGCCCCUAGAAAGGAAAUGGCGGGGCAAAAGGCACUGGUUCCCUGGCCCCAGCAAGACCCUCUUACUGCCUGUGAUUCCGAGGGCCAGAACGCCUCAAGUGGGUAUGCUUCAUUGCUGCAAGAAGCCUUGGAGCCGGCUCAAGGCGCUCCUCAAAUAAUCUCCGAGCCGACUCGGACAUCAGCUUUCGAGUCAACUCAAGGCACUCCACUCCUGCCAGGCGAAAGUGAGGGCUCCAUGUUGCAGCAACCAGCAGCAGUGCCAGUGCCAAGCCUGCCAGUGCGGCACCGCCAUGUGUCUCCAUCCCUGCCAGCUAGGUUGCCCAUGCAGCGUGCUGCACCGGUGGCACAGUCAAUGCAGCCAAUGCAGUCAAUGCAGUCAGCUCAGCCCUUCCCAACAAGCCAGCCCGUCCCAGUGCAGUCAGUGCAGCCAAUGCAGCUAGUGCAGCCAGUGCAGUCAGUGCAGCCAGUGCCGGCAGUGCAUUCCAUGCAGACAACGCAGCCACUGCAGCCGGCUCAGCCCAUCCCAGUUCAAACAGUGCAGGCAGGGCAGGCAGACAUAUACAUACCCCAUACACAGCCUUCCCCAGCCGUAUACCCCCCUCUCUCCUCAUUCCCGCCCAUCGGGCACCCACAGCCGCAAGCACAGGCGCGUCCUGUCCACCCUGCAGCCCACCCAGCCCAGCCGGAUGGUGCGGCUGACCCAGCUGAGCCGGAUUGUGCGGCCGACCCAGCCCUGCCUGAUCCUGCAGCUGGCGUUUCGGCUCUGGCGGCGUCUUGCCGCGUGGCUCUAGAUGCGGACCAGGAAGAGGCGCUCGGAAGGCUCAUUCGCAUGGCUCUCCAGCAGCAGCAGCAGCAGCGGCAGGUCACGCAACAGCAGUCCGAGCAAAGGCAGUUUCAGCAACAGCAGUCUCCGCAGAAGCAGUUUCAGCAGAAGCAGCAUCAGGAGCAAUCCCAGGGGCAUCAGGAAUGGCAGCAGCAGCAAUGGCAGCAGCAGCAGCAACAUAAGCAGCAAGUUCAGGAUCAACAGCAAUGGCAGCCACACCACCAACAGCAACAGCAAGUGCAGCAGCAGCAGCAUCAGCAGCAACAGCAGCAGCAGGAGCAGCAGCAUUACCAACAGCAUCAGGAGCAAUUCCAGGAGCAGCAGCAAAGGCAGCAGCAGCGCCACCAACAGCGAAAGGAAGUGCAGCAGCACAAGCAGCAUUAUAGGCAACACCAGCAGCAACAGCAGCACUUAGAGCUGCAACAGAUGCCGCAUGAGCAGAACAAACCGCAAGGUCCAUUGCAGUACCAGCAUCAUGUGCAGCAUCCAGAAUCGCAGCAACAGCACCUAGAGCUUCAGCAGCGGCUGCAUGAGCAAGGUCCAAUUCUUUACUCGCUACAAGUGCAGAAGCAAGCACCGCAGCCACAACAGCUGCACCAGCUGCACAACUCCCAGCAGCAGCAAGCGCUGCAGCCACAACAGCUGCACCAGCUGCACUACCCCCAGCAGCAUUCCCAGCAGCAGCACUCCGAGCAGCCAAUAUCAGAAGCACACACCAGCAAUCACACUCCAUAUCCAAGUAACGAUCCACCCUCCAACCUUUACCCACCAUCCUCCCACCACCAACCAUACACCACAGCCGACCCCCCACUGCCCAGCACCCCUUUGGCAACUUCCGUUCUCCUUCCACCUCACCACCACAGUUUGACCCAAGGGGGGGUUCUCCACUCUGGUCUGGCAUCAGCCAACCCUCCACCCCACCAACAUGCUUUGAGCCGAGGGGUAGUUUUCGACUCGGAUCUUGGACCCACUGACCCGGCUCCCCACCGCCAUAGCCUGACUCACGGCCCGCUUCCAGAUACCAGCGUUCUCGAGUCAAGUCUACCACUGACUGACCCUCCACCCCACCACCGUAGCUUGAUUGACAGCUCUGCAGCAGCAGCAGCAGCAUCCGCCUCUGCACCCCACCAGCACAGUGUGAUGCAAGGAGUGGUUCUCGAGUCAAAUCAGGCGGUGACGGACCUUCCACCGCACCAGCAAAGGUUGAAUAACAGCUGGGAGGCGUCAGCAGCCCCCGCUCCCCAGCAGCACAGCGCGACUCAUCGCGUGGCUCCAGAUAACCGUGUUCUCGAGUCGGAUAUACCACUGACUGCCCCUCCACCGCACCACCAUAGCUUGAAUAGCAGCUGGGCAGCGUCAACAGCCCCAGCUCCCCAGCAGCACGGCUUGACUCACGGAGUGCUCAUAGAUACUGAUGCUGAUGCUUGUGUUGCAGCCGGGGGGAUUGCUUUGCCCGAUGCCGGAGGGUUAUCUUUGGAGGACCUUUUCCCUGAGCUGAGAGACAGCUUCUGACACUCUUCACAGUCCCUUUGACACAGGGCAGGUGGCAUCGGGCACUCGUUGGUAUCGGGCAGACUUUCAGAAACUUUCAGCAACUUUUUGAAACUUAGGAAGACCUGUCAGUUAGGCGAGAGAACCUCUUAGGGA